CCAAGGCUGUAGAAAUCCCCCACAUGGAUAUUGAGGCCCUGAAGAAGUUGAAUAAGAACAAGAAAUUGGUCAAGAAGCUGGCUAAAAAGUAUGAUAACUUUUUGGCCUCCGAGUCCCUGAUCAAACAAAUCCCUCGAGUCCUGGGCCCUGGUCUGAACAAAGCUGGCAAAUUUCCAUCUCUGCUCACCCACAAUGAGAAUAUGGUGGCAAAGGUCGAUGAGGUUAAAUCUACUAUCAAGUUCCAGAUGAAGAAGGUGCUGUGUCUGGCGGUGGCUGUUGGCCACGUGAAGAUGACAGAUGAUGAGCUUGUCUACAACAUCCAUCUGGCUGUCAAUUUCCUGUUUUCUCUACUAAAGAAAAACUGGCAGAACGUGAGGGCAUUGUAUAUCAAGCGCACCAUGGGCAAGCCUCAGUGGCUUUAUUAA